AUGGAGGACGAUUUAAUCGAUUUGAAUAUCGAUUUAAAUCGCGCAAUAGAAGAAGAGUUGUAUAAUUAUGAAGAGAAUCAUAAAGAAGUAUGCGACGUUGAAGAUGAAGGCACAUCUCAGCAAGUUAUGGUUGCAGAUCAUUGUAUUGAAGAAGAAACUGGUGGAGAAGACUGUGUAGGUCAUAUGAUGAUUGAUCAUCUAAACUACUGCUACAAGUUAAAAAUGAAGCAAAUUGAUGGCAAGGAUUCACAAACACUAGUGAACAAACUGUAUAACUUACAACCAAUAGAUCCUGAGUUCUUUUUCAGAGUAAGACUCAAUGAUGAAGGAAAAGUUGAGUGUCUAUUUUGGAGGGAUUCAUUGAUGAGAGAAGAUUACAAAAUAUAUGGAGAUGUUCUAGUUUUUGAUACUACAUUCAGAACCAAUAAGUACAAUCUCAUAUGUGCUCCAUUUCUUGGUAUCAAUAACCAUUGGAAAAACACAAUGUUUGCUUGUGCUUUCAUUGGGGAUGAAACCACUGAAUAUUUCGUUUGGGUGUUUGAAACUUUUCUGAAGGCUAUGGGAGGAAAGCACCCUGUUUCAAUUUUCACUAAUCAAGAUGCAGCUAUUGCUGCUGGAAUAGAACAUGUUUUUCCUUCUUCAAGACACAGAUUAUGCUUGUGGCACUUGAGUAAAAAUGCAAACAGUAGAUUUGGUUUAUUCAAGACUGAUAAAAACUUCAAAAACGCAUUCUACAAGUGUUUAAGUAGGUGUAUAACACCAAAUAAUUUUGAAGAAACUUGGAAAUCUAUGAUCAACACUUUUAAGCUGGAAAAUGAUGACUGGUUCAACAGAUUGUAUGGUCUUAAAGAAAAAUGGUGUACAACUUUAAGUAAAGAUUUUUUUUCUGCUGGUAUACUUUCAUCACAAAGAAGCGAAAGCACAAACCAUGUUGUUGCAUUUAAAGCAAAUAAAAGUACAACAUUAACAGAGUUCUAUAGUAUUUUUCAAGCUACAAUAAAUCGAUGGAGAAAAACAGAAGAAAAAGACGACUUUGACUGUACAAGAGGAAUACCUACUUCAGAGCUAAGUAUGAGUGCUAUAUUAAAACAGGCAGCGAAUGUAUACACAAUAACACUUUUUCGUGAUUUUGAAGAAGAGUUCAAGCUUUUUGUGGAUCAAGGUAAAAAGUUCAAUUCAAAAUUGAAGAUUCAACUAUCACUUGCACAUGCAAAAACUUUGAAGAAUCUGGAUGGGCAUAACAUAGCAAAGACCAGAAAAUUUAUCGAGGAGAAGUUUAUAACAUAUAAUAAAGAAGUUGAUGAAAUCAUAAAAAAGGAAGAAGAAAGGAAGGCAAAAGAAGAAGCUGCAAAGAUAGCAGAACAAGAAAAGGCAAAAGCUGAAGCACAACGAGAAACACAAGACGGGAAAUCAACUAAUUCUGAAAUAACAAUUGUGCUAGAUCCUGAUCGCGCUAAUACUAAAGGAAAGAGUAAGAAGAGAAUAAAGGGUCAAUAUGACAAUUACAAGCAGCCAUCAAGAAAAGGAAAAAAGAAACACAAAGAAUUUGGAUCAAAGACACCAAGUAUUCAAUUAUUUACACCUAAAGAACAACUAUUUUAG